GCGCGCGGCUGUGAGCUCAUUCAUUUCCAACCACCUGCUCGCCGAAGAAGCACCCCGAGUAUCGAAGCUGGUACCACGAGUCGCAACCCCGAAGAGAACGACGAGCCUCUCAGUAUCAGUGCGAAUUUUCACCCACCUCCCCCAUCCUCGAACGAAUUCGCGCUUCCCCGAAGAAUCAUGAAGACGUCGAUCCUCACAACGGCUUCCUCUCGACCCUUCGUCGGCGUCGUUAUAAUCGUCGUUUUAUGCUUCGCGAUUGAAGUCUCCGCCAAACGGGGCUGCUCGGCUUUCGGCCACUCCUGCUUCGGAGGCCACGGGAAGAGGUCAGGAUCCUCCGACCGGAUCGACGACGGUCUUCAGGAAAACAUGAACUCGGGUCUGAAUCAGGAAGGCCAGGAGUACGAGAGCCCGAGAGGAGGUGGGGAAAUCCUGUUAGCCGACGCUGGUCAGGUUUACCAGGAUCGUCCGAUGCCCCGUUUCCAGCCUCCGCAGGUCCUCGGUCCGCAGGAGCAGCAUCCCCGCUACAAUCUCUCUCCGUUCAUCAGGCAAUGGCUGGCCUCCUACCGCAGUGGAAACUCCGCCGACUACGAGGCGAACUAGGAUUCGAGAUAUCCGAACACCGACCACCAAAGUCGUUGACAGCGUUACGAUUAUUUAAGGAUAACACGACAAGGAAUAUAGCGAUGGUACUAUUGAUAAAGAAGUUAUUGGUCUUUUAUUGUUACACAUUUCCUGACACCUUAUUACGCAGUUCCAACGGACCACUCAACAACCAGUGCCGCGCCAUUCAAUCUGCCCAAUUGGUCCGGAGAAUUGACUCGGUGUUAAUUGGCUGAAAGUCGACCGUUUAGAAUGGCUGAUUGAAACAGGCUGCCUCAACCGGUUGUCCUGUUAAUCGCUCGACUGUUUCAACAAGUCUAGGCCAGUCGAAUCUGCAGUUGAAUUGUGCAGUACUGUUAUGUUCAAUAUCAAAUAUUCACUGUCGCGAUCACGCUAAUUAACAUGCCAAUCUUUCCGUUUUCAAUCAAUCCUCGCGCGUGUGUAUUAUUUCGGAGGGAAAUGGGAGACCGAUUAUUAUAGGUACAGAGGCUGGCGGCUUUUCCAGGACUAUGCUCCGAAUAUAACGCUUCGGCAAUUUAAUCCGACGAGGUGCAAAGUCAGAGCACACCUGUCUUUGAAAUUUUUACCAAUUUGGCAAGUCAAUUUUCCGUUUUAUUCCUGACAGUGAAAUUCUCGAUCGGUUUACGAAAGUGUUAAAUCCCUCGAAUCCGGUCACAACGAGUCACGAAAUACCUUCCCGCAUACCGCGUUACCAAUCUAACGGAGACUUCUACACGGUUUCUAUCGCGGCUUAUCAAAAUAAUAUUAUCUACGUCUUUUAUGGGCCCUUGGACUAAAUUCACCAUGUUCAAAGGAAUGUUAUAAGAAUAUUACUAAAAUAAUGUUGUAUCAGCAAUGUUGUGUAAGAUAUGCAUGUAUACCUUAUACGCAUCGUGUACAUACGUAUCUUGAUUGGAUAUAGGAUUAACGUUGGAGAAGAAAAGAACUAUUAAUAAUAAUAAUAAUAAUAAUGAUAAUAAUAAUAAUAUUACUAAUAAUCUCAAUGGCGAUGACGGUGAUGGAAAAAUAAAAAGAAAUAAAAUAAUAAUAAAUGAUAAUAUUUAUAAAAUGCAAUUCGCUUGCAUGUAUAUUUUAUUCCCCGGAUAUAUGCAAUUAUCGUUACUGUGCAUUAAUGAGUAUCAGUGUAAUUCACGUUAUGUAUCGAAUGUUACGUACAAAAGGAUGAAAAAAAAAGGGAAAACAAGAAGGCAAGACGAAAUAAAUAUUAUAUAGUGUCUAAUAUGUCAGUUAGAGAUACGUACGAGGUUCGUUUCAAGUCAAAUAAAAAUGAAAAU